UGGCUCCCCGCCCUCUCCUCGCCAUGUCGACCACAUUGCCACUAUUCCAUGCGAUACCACGCUUCUCCGAGCCCUGGGUGUGCGGACCAUGCAUUCGCGCCCUGGCUCGGCCAUCUCGGUUGCAACAAAUCCCGCAUCUGCCUGCUCGAAGAUGUCUGAACACGACGAAGGAGACGAGGCAGAGCGCUGUGCCGUCAAUGGACAGUAUGCAGGCCCGGUAUAAGGAGAGGAACCGCACUACUAUGAACUAUGUUUUUAGCGUCAUACUAGGGACUGCUGCGCUCUCGUAUGGAUCUGUACCAAUGUACAAAAUGAUUUGCCAGACCACUGGUUGGGGAGGUCAACCUAUCAAAUCAGCUGCACACGGAGGCGACUCGUCCAUAGACCCGUCGGAGCGCCUCAAACCCGUAGAGACGCACCCACGCAUACGCAUCACCUUCAACGGCUCCGUAUCCGAUGUUCUACCGUGGAAAUUCGUGCCUCAACAGCGCGAGGUCCGCGUUCUGCCCGGUGAGACGGCACUCGCCUUCUACACGGCAACAAACAUGUCUUCGGAAGAUAUCAUUGGCGUCGCCACGUAUUCUGUGACGCCCGGACAGGUGGCACCCUAUUUCAGCAAGAUCCAAUGUUUUUGCUUCGAGGAGCAGAGACUGAAUGCUGGCGAGACCGUCGACAUGCCAGUUUUCUUCUACAUUGACCCGGAAUUCGUGAAAGACAUCAACAUGAAGGGUAUCGAGACGGUGACAUUGAGUUAUACGUUUUUCAAGGCGAAAUACGACAAGGACGGACAUUUGAGACCAGUACCGAUGGUAUGAAAGAGCAUCCAGAUUGUACGAUACAAGAGAGAGAUGCAUUGGACUCGGCAUUAGACCCAGAAAAUAUACCGCAGAGCGCGCUGCUCGCGCGGCGCAUCCAUACAUCACCACGCGAGACAAUCUUCCCGAUGUGGCAAUCCUGCAUGCUUGUACAUUGUUUGGAAGAAUGACGAGGCGGAGUGUGCACGGGCGAACCGCCUUGCAGACGUGAACAACCUUAUAGAGGCUGGAUAUGUAACCAAAGGUAGCAAAUGAAGUAAUUUUGAUGGUCAUUAUACAAGCCGG